UUUAUAGCAAUUCGAAAUAUUCGCUUUGUUGACUUAAUUAAAUCAAUUUGUAUGUUAAUAAAUGGAUUAGAAGUGUAAAGGUGUGUUUCUUAGUGUAGGUGCUGUAAAAUACAAUGUGUAAGGUUUAGUAAUAAUCAUACAAGUUAUUUUAAAGCGAUUAUGGAAACACCGAAAGGAGAUGCAUCGGACGAAGAUGUUCCCAGCGAUUUCUUCGACGACUUCAAUAAAGACGAGUUCAUGGAGGGUCUACAGGUGAUCGACAGUUGGGACGACAAGGAGAAGAAACGCCGGAUGUCGCGCAUCGAUACGGAGGCGUUGGACAGCGUGAAGGACCUUCGGGAGCUAAUCGACGACCGACACAGCAAGGAUCGCCACGAGCGGCACCGCUGGAAGGACGACCUCGACGAGUACAUCAAACCGGGCAGUCGCCGCGACCCCAACAAGACCAAGGAAGCCAUCAAACGCGACAAGGAAGUCAAGGUCAAGGAGUUCCUCGCCAAGAGUUUGGACUCUACGGACGAGCUGAAGCCACCCGGUACGGAGCUGGACGAUUUCUUUGAAGAAAACAAGGCACCGAAACCGCCGCCGGAGGAGCCGCCGCAAAAAAAGAAGCGUUCGAGAUCGAAAGAGCGUCAUCAAUCACCGGUCAAACACCAACGGAGGAGUCCUCGCCGGAGUCCAGCACGUCGCAGCCCAGCACGACGUAGUCCAGGACACCGCAGCCCUGGACGCCGAAGCCCCCGUCGGAGCCCUCGGCGCAGUCCUAGAUGGUCACCGGGUCGACGCGGCGGGUCACCCUUCCGCGGGAAAUAUCAGUUCUUCAAGCCGCGCUGGAACCCAGCUAUGAACCGGCACUUCAGCCCGCGCCGCAGCCCUCGCCGCAGCCCCCGCCGCAGUCCCCGGCGCAGCCCGCGUCGCCGCUACUCUCGCUCGCCGCCGCCGCGCCGCUACUCCCGGCGCUCACGCUCCUCAUCCAGAGAACGAGACAGAGACAGCUUCCUUUACCCCAGAGAAUCUAAACUUGACUAUCCACAUUUUGACAUUCCAGACCCACAGUUCUCUCAAGUAUAUCCUGGGUCAAUUCCGGGAUACCCAUACCCCCAGAUGCCUCAGGAAUACCCUCCAGGGUAUACUGGUCCUCCAUUUAACUUUCUGGCUCCUGGGCAGCCUCCCACUCCAGACGUUCAAGUAACAUUUCCGAAUUCAGCACCUGCACCUCAACCUGUACCCGCACCUAUGAUGAAUCCGGUGCCACCUCCAAUGAUGAACCCUGUGCCGCCUCCAAUGAUGAACCCGGUGCCACCGAUGAUGAAUCCUGUUCCUCCUCCAGCCAUGGUCCCUGCCCCUAAACAAGUACCUCUUCCUGAGAAACCUCCACUUCCCACUCCUAUGAAGGAUGUCACUAAACCAUUUGAUGCACUGGCUCAAUUAGUGGCAGAAGGCAAAAUUAGCCAAGAGGACUAUUUAAAGCUGGCACCAACAAAGGGUAAGAAAUAUGAACUUAACCAUAUUAAAUUAUUGACCGUUUUGUGUUUCCAGUGUUGAAUCGGUUGUACCUCGUCAUUGAGCAAGUUGGCACACUUGAUGCUGCCAAACCGUCUGAUCAUGAACAACAGCAUGGUGGGCCCGGAGCAGAAGAGCCUCGUCCCUAAAUACUGUUCCCCGCUGAAACGUCAAGGCGCCGUCGAGUUCCACUUUACGAAGAUGAGCGGGCGAACCACGGCACAGCAGAACAAGCAGUUAGUGAAUAGUAUCAUCAACACGCUAGGAUUGGAGAAGGUAGUGGGGAGACAGAAGAUAAAGGUGCCUAAAGAUAUGAAGGAUGCAGCGUGUCAGACCAGCAAGCCGUACUGCGACGUCUGCGAGAUCAGGGCGUCGACGCGGCUCUGCGACGCAAGCACCAGUGUGGAUGCGGAGCAUUUCUGUUCAACAGUACAUACACAAGUGGUAGAGCAGGACCUUAUGAGUUCUAAAGCGGUAUUCGCUCCGAGCGGCAGCAUAGCGGACGGUGCGCCUAUCUCUAUCGCUCAUAUGACUCCGGCGCAGCUCGUCUCGCAGCUCGCCGCUCGGGCGAAGACUUUGAAACAGACUGAUCCGGUCCCCUCUAACCCUAACCAAUACAUGAGACGACCGAACUACGAUCAACAGUACGAUCAGCAGUAUCAGAAUAACUAUAAUAAUUAUCGCUAUUAACAUUUUAGCUAAUAUGACUAAUAUCUACACUGGAAAUUUGUCUCAAUUUCCAACGGGUGAAAUUCCAAGGUCGCAUUGUUGGUCUUCAUUAAAGUCAGUAUUUUCCACACUUGAUUUGAAUAUCCUAUUUGCAGUCACAAAAUUGUUUGCAUUAUUUGGAUAAUUUAAGAAUAUUUAGAUAGACUUAAAUGUAGUUGCACUGAUACUUUCCUUACUUACUAGGUAGUAAGUUUUAUUUCGUUUAUUAUGCCUGGGUUGAAUGAGUUAAUUGGUGUAUCCCCAAUUUUUUCCCUGCCCCACGUCACCACCGCCAUACAUGAAGGCGGGGACAGAUGGAGAAAAUUCAUAUGAAUGCACCUAUUCCCAUCUGUGCUCGGCGGGGUCAAAUGGGAAUUAACUAGUUAUUUUUAGUAAUAGUAAUAAAAUCAUUUAGUUAAUAUAUUAUAAGACUAGUCUACAGUCGAUUAAAUGCAAUCGUUGCUGCUGUUGCAAUAAUUGCGACUUACACGAGUUGAAUAGCAAAUCUAUAAAUGACAUGAUAAUAAAUUCGAAAUCAAUUAAGUGUAUGUCCUUCACGUGUGUGUAUAUUAUUACGACUUGGUUUAAAAUAAAAAGUGUUAAAUUCGUUAAGGUACUGAAUUGGUUUUGACUUUUUGACAUACCUUAACCUUAUAUAUAUAUAUAGUUAUACCUAUUUGAAAAAGCCGUUAGGGUUUUACAUAUUGUUUUUUUUUUACUUUAUCGAAGGGUAAACGACCCAAAGAUUGGCACUAAAAAUACCUUAGGGGGCGUCUAUUAAUUACGUGAGGUGUUCAGGGUGGGAGGGCGUCUCGGUAAAUAUCACGUAUUUUUUUCUUGCAAAAAGCAGGGUAAAGAUGCGAGAAUAUGACAUUUAAAUAUGUUUAUAAACAGAACAAUGGCGAAAUCUGAUACAAUGGGUCAUUAUUGGGGAUGUGCCGACAUUAGGAUAAUUUAUCUGCCAUUUGAAGAUGCACAGCUCAAGCCUCAAGCAAUUUUAUUUCUAGCAAACUGAUGGCAGAUAUUUUCUUAUGAAAUUAAAUAUUAGUACAAUGGA